CACCAAUUCUGCAAGCGUCUCAAGAACGCCAUCACACCACCACAACAAAGUCGUUCGCUUAUCGCAGCGCGUCGAAAGCCUUGCAUGGCGCGGCAUUUGCUUAAAAAGUAUAGUGUACAUUGGGGUUCGUUUCAUUUGCGUUAAGACAGCGCGUUCGUACAGAACGUAUACACUGUACAAAAAAAAUAAAUAAGCCAUAUAAAUUCCGUAUAAACAGUAACAGACAACGAGAUCGCGUCGUACGUACGAGUGUAUUUAAUAACGUUUGUUGAUCGUUGACAAUUAAAAAAAAUUAUAUUUCAAUAACAUUUGAAAUGUGCGGUUCGUAAGCUACUAAAAGUUUUGAAAUUAUAUAUACAAAUAUUCCUUGAAUAUAUGUGCCUUGCCAAAAAAGGUACGAACCGUAAAAAGAGAUCGAUCGAAGAUCGCUAUUGAUUGACUUGACUGAUCGUGCGAGCGUUGAGCGUGUGUUUAUGUGAUCGGAAUUGGAAAUUGGAAUUUUUCAACGUACAUAUUUAAUCGUUUUUGAAAACCAAAAACGGCGUCCACUCGAAGUUGAACAGGUUUAGAAAUAUACAGACAUUUCUACAGUUGUUUCUUUUCUAUAAUAUAAUCAUAUAUGUAUAUUCUCUCAAAUAAUUUGCGCACGCACAACACUUAAAAGUUCCUUAAUUUUAUGCGCAAAUAGUUAAUAAUAAAAAAUAAAAAAUAAAUAACGAAUAAACAACAACAAAACCAAAAGUGAGUGAGAAGAAAAAAACGCCGAAUGACUUCAACUAAAAAAAUCACAGAUAAAAUUGUAAAUUGUAAGUUCGUGUAAACGCCGACUGCGACGAACAUACAUGAAAAAUGCAUUCAUUAUAUCUGAACGAGCAUUUAUUUGAUGCACAAACAACGAACGCGAGUCUUGACCACAACACCGAACGUAACAGUAACAGUACGCCAGUGUCCGUUGUGGCGGCAAAGAAUACGCAACUGUGCGUGAAAUCGCAUAAAUCGAUUGAAAAGAAAUUAGUACUAUUCGCUUUGCGAAAAUUCAUCAAGUGAAGGACAACAAGCGCGUGACAAAGCUAGCACAAAGCACGACACUGAAAAGUGAAAGUUAAGGAAGUCGUGAAAACAUAUAAAACGCUAUAUUUUUUCCUAGCAAAAAAGUUGUGCAAAGUACAAUUUUAAUUUGUGUACAAAGUGUUCCACAAGUUCAAUACAGUGUUUGAACUAGUAAAAUUGAGGUAGAAUAAUUUUGUAAAAACUGAAAGUGUAGUGAAAAGGUGUGAAAAAUAGGCGAACUAAAGUGUGUGACAAUAAGUGUGUGAAUUAGUGGAGAAAAAUUACUGUAAACUGUGAUAAAUAAUUGAGGAAAACGAGCGUACUUUUGUAUAAGAUUGUAUAACAAAAAAACUGAAAACUAAAAAGUUGAGUUACUUAAAAGAUAAAAGGAAAAAAAAGAACUAAAAAAUAUUUUACACAAAUAUUUUUAAACAAAAAUAUUUUACAAAAAAUUUUUUUAAACCAAAAUAUUUAAAAAAAAAUUUUGUUAAACCAAAAUAUUUAAAAAAAAAAUUUAAACAAAAAUAUUACUAUAAAACAAAAACGAAAAAGAAAAAUAUAAAAAUAACUGUGUAAUAUAAAAUACAGCAAUAUUCUUAAGACACGAAAGUCAAAAAAGACACGGAAAAUAUUGUUAAAUAUUUAUAAUUAAUAAAAAUAAUAUACGAUACGCAAUAAAAAUAAAACAGAUACAAAAAUAAUUGCAUUUAAAUUAUUUUUAAAAACUACGAAAAAUCCGAAAUUUACAAAAUACAAAACAGAAGUUCAAAAAAUAUUGAAAUAUUUUGUCACAAAAAACAAAAAAAAAACCCGCAAACAGUAUUAAAAAGUCAGAAGUCUACAAAAAAUAUUCGCCCUAACCUAUAAACCAAAAUGAUCUUCAACAAAUACAUCGAAAAACUCUCCAGCUCCUUUGGCGGCACCUCCGCCGCCAAACAGCAACAACAAAAACAGAAUCAACACAUCAAUGACUACAACAACACACGCAAUAUAGAGUAUGAAAAGGCAAUGGCAGCCACUUACAUCAAUGGUGGCCACUAUCAACAUUUUGAGAAGCAACAUGUUGCAUCGAAAAAGAAGAAGCCCAACAAAAGCCAGCAACAACAGCAACGCGAAUUUCUUAGCAACGAUGAAUUGGCGACGAUAAAUAAUAGUAAGUGCCACAGCAACAAUAGCAGCUGCAGUAGCAGUAAAAGUGGCAGCAGCAGCUGCAACAAUGAUGCGAAAAAUGGUGGCAACAGUGGCAAUUACUUGAAAGUGCCGGCACCUUCGUACAUGCGUCUCAACUCAAAAGAUAUACCCGCCUUACGUAUUACCACCACAGAUUUGCAGAUCGAUUUGCAAGCGCGUAAUGUGGAUGCUGGCGACGUGACGCCAUCAUCAUCGUUGCAUUACUAUGAGGGCGACAUCUAUCGUACGCCACUCUCUUCAUUGAAUCCCUCACCCGCCUCGUCGUAUACCACUUCGCUGUCGACCGAAUCGUUGGCAGGCGCCUGCAGUCCGACUUCGUCAAUGUCAGCUGCAUCGACGCCUACUUCGCUGUCGACGUCGCCACCGCGUUUUCACAGUCGGCCGCCAUCGUUGCGUUUGUCCAAGGAGUUGGCGGCGAUAUACUGCAAAAUGUUGCACUUUCCAUGGUUUCAUGGCAAUCUUUCGGGCAAGGAAGCUGAAAAAUUGAUACUAGAACGUGGAAAGAAUGGUUCAUUUCUGGUGCGUGAAUCUCAAAGUAAACCUGGUGAUUUUGUGCUUUCAGUGCGUACAGAUGAUAAAGUAACGCACGUCAUGAUUCGAUGGCGACAGGACAAAAAAUACGACGUUGGCGGUGGUGAACCCUUCGACACGUUGUCCGAACUCAUCGAACACUACAAACGCAAUCCGAUGGUGGAGACAUACGGCACAGUGGUGCAUUUGCGUCAGCCAUUCAAUACGACGCGCAUCACAGCCGGUGGCAUCAAUGAACGUGUGAAUCAACUGGCCAAGGGCGGCUUUUGGGAGGAAUUCGAAUAUCUGCAACAAGACAAUCGCAAUAUGUUUUGUCGCAUUGAAGGCUAUAAGCCGGAGAACCGCAGCAAGAAUCGCUAUCGCAAUAUACUGCCCUAUGAUCAUACCCGCGUAAAAUUACUGGAUGUGGACAAGAGUGUGUCCGGCGCUGAAUAUAUAAAUGCGAAUUAUAUUCGCCUACCCACCGAUGGCGAUUUGAAUAGUAUGAGCUCAUCGUCGGAAAGUUUGAAUGCCACUGGCAUGGUGGCCUCUUGUCCCGCCUGCUCCGCCGCCCAAACACAGAUGCAGUGUGUGAAUUGUCAUAAGCUGAAUAAGACAUGUGUGCAGUGUGCUGUUAAAACGUCCGUACUGCCGUUGAGCAAUUGCAUAACGUGUAAUAAAAAAUCGGAUACGAUUAAUAAGCACAAGGUGUACAUUGCGACGCAGGGUUGCUUGCAGACCACGAUUGUCGAUUUCUGGAAUAUGAUCUGGCAGGAGAAUACGCGCGUGAUUGUGAUGACAACCAAAGAGAUUGAGAGAAACCGCAGUAAAUGUGCCAAAUACUGGCCGGAUGAGGGUCAAUGCCGACAAUUCGGUCCAGCGAAAAUACAAUGCCUCACAGAAAACAAAACAAAUGAUUAUACGCUGCGUGAAUUUCUAUUCUCUUGGCGUGAUAAGCCCGAACGUCGCAUCUAUCACUAUCACUUUCAAGUGUGGCCCGAUCAUGGUGUGCCCACGGAUCCGGGUUGUGUGCUGAAUUUCCUGCAAGAUGUGAAUUCUAGGCAGAGUCAACUAACAAUGACGGGCGAGAAUCCGGGUCCAAUAUGUGUACAUUGUUCGGCUGGUAUUGGUCGCACGGGCACCUUCAUUGUGAUUGAUAUGAUUCUCGAUCAAAUCGAUAGAUACGGUCUGGGCACCGAAAUCGAUAUACAGCGCACAAUACAAAUGUUACGCUCCCAACGUUCUGGUCUAGUACAAACUGAAGCACAAUAUAAAUUUGUUUAUUAUGCUGUGCAGCAUUACAUACAAACGCUAGUACAGCGCAAACGUGCCGAAGAGCAGAGCUUACAAGUUGGACGCGAAUAUACAAAUAUAAAGUACACAGAAAGCAGCAGUGACUCACAAAGAUCUCCGCUACCAUCAGCAAGUUCUAGCGUAAGUUUAGCAAGUAAAAACCAAAUAUCGGUCAGCAUGAACAGCGUGAAUGCGACCAGCAACGCCGCCGAGAGUAUGAAUCACUAUGCCAGCACCGGCGUUGGCACCACAAGCGCCACUAAAUCGCCACAAAUGUAUGGCACGAUAACAGCAGCAGCAGCAGCUCCACCACCGUUGGCUAGCAAAAGCAAACAAGCGCCGCUGCCACCAAUGCCGGCCAGUGUGCUCGGCGGCAUAGCGUUAACAACGAAAGCGAGUGAUAGCAGUAUGCAACAGCAACAACAACAACAACAACAACAACAACAACAACAACAAAGCUCUAUUUCACCGCAGCAGCAGCAGCCAAACGCCACGAUGGCAACAACGCAACCGAAUGCGUCGGGCAGUGCUGCUGCGGCAGCCAACGAAAACAUUCCCAAAGACAUGAGCAUGAGCAUGCGCACAGGCAGUGCUCAACAGCAGCAGCAGCAACAACAGCAUCGGCAACAAUCAGCGCCACCGACACCGCCGCGCCCUAGCUAUACAUGACAGUUAAGGUUUUAAGUAAAUGAAAUGAAGCGUGAUGGCAAAAACGAAUGUCUCUGUUAGUUAUACUUCUUCUUCUUCCCCCAACCACACACUCAUUUUGCAUUUCGCGUAACGGAAUCUGUAUUGCUUCGUAUGUAGUGAGUCUACGUGCACUCUGUGCUCUGAAAUGCACGCGUGGCGCCUAAGGAAGUGCAGCAAAUCUAAGAAAUUAGAAAAGUAAAAACUGUGUUGGCGCAUGCGUAUGGCAACUCCACGAAUUUGUAAACUAAUAAUUUCCUCCGUUUAGCCGAUAUUCACUCCAAUUUCUUUAUAUAUUUCAAAUAUGAGCCGAAAAGUGCUGAAAACUUAUUUUCUUUAUAUAAACCGUUACUCGUAGUUUGUUAAAACUGUUCUAUGAAUCCGUUAAGGGUCUUGUAAUGUUACUAGUUCGUUGCCUUUUUUUAUUGCUUUUUGGCAUAUUUUAUUUAUUUUUUUAUUUAUUUUAGAUUAUUUUCAAAUACUUUCUUAGCGCUGUCACAAGCUGUCAAGCGUCGCCUGCUGUUCGUUAAUUUUAUAUUUUUUUUAAUUUGUUGCCCUACCCAACCUUCUACUCCCUUAGCAUGCUCGAUUUAUGUAUAAUUAUUUGCUCGUUUCCGUUAUCUCCCUUUUUUGUAACAAAAAAACCUUAAUAAUGUUAGUUAUUGUUGUUAUUGUACUAGCGUAGUUUGUUGCUGCUGUGUGGCUGUUGCUGUUUUUUUAAUAAUUUUGUUGUAGUUGUAGUUGUGUAAUAGCAUCCGCUGCAUCGUAGCGCAGUGUGAAAGCAAACGUAAAACGUAAAAAAAAAAUAAUUUAAAAAGCAAGAAAAAAUUAAUUAAUUUAUAUAAAUAUGAAACAAAAGCGUUGAUUGUGAUCUGUAUUGAUGCAUUGAAAAAAUAUAUUUAAAAUUAAAAAAAGCCAAUAAAAUAGCAUGCUUAUGAGCAAGAAAUGUGUCAGCAAAAAUCAAAAUAUUUAUAAUAACUGAUCUAAGCAAAAAAAAAAUAUAUAUUUUAAAUAUUGCUUGAGUGCAUACCAUAAAUUGGUGUGAUCAGUGUAGAGUUUGAAAAGCUUUGUAGAAACACCAAAAUAACAUUUUUUGAUAUUUGCAAAGCAAAAUAAAUGUUAAAAAAAUAGUUAAAAAUUGUUAAAAAGCAAGCUUAAAUGUGCGUAGACAAAGGAAAUCGUGAAAAUUAUUUUUUUUAUUACUAUAUUUUUUUUAUAAAAAAUUAUGUUUUUGAAAAAAAUGCUAUAUUUUUUUUUACAAGGAAAAUCGUGAAUAUUGUUUUUUUUGGUUUUGAGAAAUGUUGUUUAUUAAAGUAGGAUUUUUCGAAAAACUAUAUUUAAUGGUAUUUAUAAAUUUUUUUAUUUUUUUUGAAAAAAAAAAAUGUGCUAUAUUUUUUUUUUGAAAAACUAUAUUUAAAAAAAAUCCUACAAUUUUUUUUUGUCUAAUGUAAAUUAAAAAUUUUUUUUUUUCAAAAAAUAUAUUUUUACUAAAAAAAGUUCAUUCAGCAAUGAUUUUAUUUUAUAUAAUUUUUUUCAACUUAAUUUUUCGAAAAAAGCUAAUUUAACAAUUUGUUUAUUUUAAAUACAAUAUUACUUUUUUUAUAAAUUCAUAUUUAUUUUUUUAAAUUUUGAAGUGAAAAAAUUAUGAGACAAAAUAAAGUUUCUUGCAAAUUAAAUUGCAUGCAUUUCCAAAAAAAAAAAAUAUAAAUAAAAAAAAUCAAUUUAAAUUGCCAUAAAAUAAGCCGAAGCAAGAUUUGAAAUUAAAUUUAAAGAAAACAAUUAAAUUAUGUAUUUUAUACUUUUUUAAACUUUACUUGUAAACAAAUUCAUAUAAUUAAUUUAAGCAAAUAUUUCAAACUGUGAUUUAAUAAAAUUUAAUUUGGUGGUAUUUUU